UAAAAAUUGUCUCUAACUAAUGUGACCAAGCGCGCUAAGAUAUAUACACAUUCUAGAACCGUAGUUCAAUAUGCUGAUAGUUUAUCUCUAUUACUGUCUUCUGAAUCGUUCGUUCUUAAUUUCUACAAACUUUGACAAUAAGCAUGUAAAUUGUCUGAAGUGAUGGUAAAGAUUUAUAGCUCAGAUAGAUGCUUUUUUAGUGUUGCACUUUUUUAAUCGGAUGGUUUAAUUGGGUAUUUUUCGUUGCUGUGGUCGACAUUAUCAUUGCUUUUUAUUAUUAGUCCUACUAUUUAUUCCUAAUUAUUAAAGGUUCACUUCUGUGUGAAUUAGGCACUGAUAAUGUUGUCUAGAACGGCAAUGAAAGCCUGAGAGUUAGGCCACCCAAGUCAAAGAAUACAACACCACCAUAUUUGUUAAUCAACUUUUGUCGGUACUAAACGUCAGUAAGUCGUGUUUGCGUCUAUUUAUUGUGUGGACUUUUUAAAAUUAUGACUGGUCUUUAGCUAUAUGCUUGAAAUUUUGAUGGGGGUUUGUAGGAUGAUUAUGAAGUAUGGUUAGGGGUUUUAGAUGACGCGACAAAAUAGGUCACAGUGGCCCAAAUGUAACUGUUUUUUGCUUUACUUUAGUUAUUGAGUAUAGUAACAUUUAACACUUCUCCUGGAUUUCAAUUUUUCAUGAGACUGAUGUUUUUUAUAUAUAGUUUUCCACAGCAAUUAUUAUUUCAAAUUCCUAGCUUUUCGUUCUACUGAUUCUUUACUGUAUCGUGACUUUUGUUAGUUUUUAUUAUUACCAGAUCGUUGGCUGUGUUUGUCAGUAACGUUUUAGGUUUUUUUGAUAACCCGUUUAUACGCAUCAUAUAUAAUAUCGAUGUUUUAGGUUUCAAAACUUGGUUGUCGUGCAUUUGCCCUUCUUUUUGAUGAUAUUGAACCGCGCCUAUGUCCUGCAGAUCGAGAGGUAUUUAACUCAUCAGCCCGUGCUCAGGUUAUGUUCGCGAAUGAAAUUUACAAUCAUUUAGGAUGUCCAGAUGUCUUUUUAUUCUGUCCAACGGAGUACAGUGCAAGUUUAGCAGUACCUAAUAUUAAUAAAUCAGAAUAUCUAGCGACAGUCGCUUCCUGUUUAGCACCAGGUAUCGCUGUAAUCUGGACCGGUCCGCUUGUAGUAUCUAAACGAAUUUUAACUAAGGAGCUGAAGGAAUUAUCUACUUUACUACAACAUCCUAUCGUUUUAUGGGACAAUCUACAUGCUAAUGAUUAUGACCAGCGUCGCGUAUUUAUAGGACCGUACAGUGGUCGACCCUUAGCUUUACGUCGCCAAGGCUUGCUUAGAGGAGUGCUGACCAAUCCGAAUUGUGAAUUUGAAGCAAACUAUGUGGCGUUUCAUACUCUUGCACAAUGGUCGAGACAAGCUGGUAGCAAACAUAUAAUACAAUCAACUGAUACAGAAAUGCUAUGUACAAGUGAAGAUUUUGAAUCUAAUGCUUCUGAUGAUAACGAAGUGAUUGAUGAUGGUAUCGAUGAUCAAAAGUCAGGUGAUAUUAAUGAACACCCGUCUGUCUGUCAGGAUGACUGUGUAAGUAGAAAACGACAAUAUGCAUCUGUUUACAGACCUCGUGAGGCUCUCCGUAUAGCUUUGCGAGACUGGCUUGCAUUAAUGCUUCAGGUUGGUGCUUCAAAACCUAGCACGGCUAUAGGUACUCCUACACCUAUGGAUACAGACAAUCUUGAAACUGGUCAAAACGAAGCUCCCAUGCAGGUUGAAUCCACCCCUUCCAAUGUCGUCAUGACUUCUGAUAAUCAUUCUUCUGAAACCCCUAUUUCAGGUGAUGUAAAUUCAGUUACUGUUACCUUAGAGGAUUUGGAAAUGUUCGCUGAUCUUUUCUAUUUACCUUUCUCUCAUGGACCCUCAGCUAUUCGUCUACUAGAAUUAGGACAUUGGUUACGUGAAUAUUCGUAUGUUUGUGGACCUAACCCAUCUGAUCUUGAGAAAGCAACUGAAUGGAACAAAAAGUUAUCAGAUUAUAUAGAUAUGGUUUCUACAAUUGGUCGAAUACGAGAUCGUAUACAACGCUUACCAUCUAAAAGUAUCUCCUAUGAACUAGUACCAUAUAUAACCGAAGUUCAUAGUGUAGUUGGAAUUAUCCUGGAUUAUUUCCGAUGGUUAGAAACUGGAGUCAUGGCUUUUCGUAGCAUGUCUCAUUUAAAGCGGCUUUUAACAUGGUUUUCGCCUGGUUACCGUGAUAUGGUAACAUCUGGUGAUCAAGAACCAUGGACAUUUCGUGGUGGAUUGAUAACAGAACUUCAGAGAAUUUUACCUCUCGAAUCUGCUCAAGAUCUUUUCCCUGCACCAAGUCGUGCUGUCCCAGGCAUGACUACCAUUCCUUGUUUGAAUUGGCCUGAUAAUGCAUCAAGUGUAUACACACCACUUGCGCCUUCUGUUCCCCCAAUGAUUCCAAUUCAACCUUCAAUUUUCCCAAAUUUUUCAAGGUUUCCAUCAUAUAUAGUUCGACCAUAUAGACCUGAAGAUAAAUCAUGUAUGUAUGGCUUAUUCAGAAAACUACUUUUGACUCGUGUUGGUUUACCUGAAAACGCUCUUCCAUUAGAAUUCCAGGAUUUACCAGGUGACAAGUAUUUACUUCCAUUUCUACAACAUUCACCUGAAAAUUGUUUUAUGGUUAUGGGUCCACCCUUCCUGCAGACCUCAGUUGAUUGCUCUAGCUCAGUCACAAAUACUGAUCACUCUACCACAGGUAAUUGUGUUGGCUUUGGUGUUUCAGCACCAGAUGCUGUAUGUUGGGCUCGUGAACGUACUACUCACUAUCGAGAGUCAAUGAAAUUGAAAUAUCCACGUGAUUUCCAAAUUGGAGUACACAAUUUAUCGCAUUGUAACAAAUUAGUCGUUGGAAAUGGUGAGACCAACAACUCUAACUUGAACGUUGUUACUGCGACUGAUACUGCUCGAUUGGAACCUCCUGUAAUUUCAUCUGCCCCACUUUCCCCUUUAACAGAUGAUCGUUCUUCAAGCAUUACUCCAAAUCAAAAUUCUGUGGCUGUCGAAGAAUUCAUCAAGUCUAUGAUUUCUUCUUUCCACAACGAUACAUCUGAAGUUGUUGAUAUUGCCGCAGCUGUGAAUUUACUCCCUCCUCCUGAACCACUUGGUGGAUGCCUUCCCAUGGAGCCACCACUAUCUGGUUGUUUGGAACAAUGUGAACCUAAUUGUACGACUGCUCCAAUUACUUCUAAUAUUCCUACUAAUUUGUCAUCUCAAUUGGAAUUAAAAUCUUCUUUUCCUAUUGAUGAAUGUGGUACAACUAUCCCAGCUUUACCUUUACCUACACCUAUUUUACCAGAUACCGCUCCUCCAUCUCCACCAUCUGGAACUACUUGUGCACCAUCAUUAGUGCCUGAGACAUGUUCAAGUAGUCCUGCAACAACAAAUUCAGUGAUAGCUCGGAAUCUUAUUGUUGCCGGUGGACCAGAAGCACUUCAUAGUGCUUUAACAGCUCAUCCCGCUAUUAUAUGGAUUGAAUUUGAUGAUAUAGGAUUAAAUAGUUGUGUUAGUGGUCCUACACCUGCUAUGCUUAUUAAUCAUAAUCUUGGAUUAUGUGCAGAUUCACCUGAAGUGUUGUUGGAUUCUGUGGCACGCCGAUUAUUUAUUUGUUUGUUAGCGGCAUUGAAGACAGUCGGCGCUCAUGGAGCACAUGUACAGUUGGAUACUAUCAAUGAACAUCGGGCAGAACUUUAUCGACGUUUUGGUUUUUAUCCUAUUCCAGCAGCUUCAAAUGAACAAACAACUGUUUUAGCUCGUUUAAUUUGAUGAAAAUCCUAUUCCUCUUCCCGUCACAUAAUCUAAGACAUAGUUUUCUUGUGUGAAGUGUUCAAUUAUCAAUGUUGAUCAUGAUGUUGCUUAAAUUACGUUCCUAUUCUAAAUCCAUAUUAUUAAAUGCUAUCACUGUAGAUUAUCAAUUCACACACAUACAUAUAGUUGUUUGUUUGUAUGAAUAAUUCAAAGACUAUUCUGCACGUUAAUGAAUCUUGUUUUGACUCGUACGUGCAUUUCUGUUUAUAUGUAUGUUUGACAUAGAAAUAUAAGUUUAUUAUGUUUAUUUAGACAAGUGAAUCUAAUUUGUCCUCUUUCUCUAAUCCAUAAUCUAAUUUGUUUUUAAUAUCCUUUGGUUAAACAUUAAAAGCACAAAAGUUAAGAAACGCGUAUAGUUGGGUUCUUUUUCAGUGAACGUGCUUCUAUAUAUACAGAUAGCUCAGUUAAUUGAUAAAAUAACUUUUCUACCAUUUCUUCCAUUGUCCUGUAAUGUUGUUACAUCAUAACGUUUAUAAGUAUAUUUAUGCAAACAGUCAAGUUGAAAGUGAUCUCUUAUAAAUUGAAAUUACAAAUUUCUUUUGAUCUCUUUCAGCGUAUCUAUACAUACAUAAAUACAUGUAGUCUUUUAUUUUUAAUUGUUAUUUGUGCCGAUAUUAAUGUUGCUUCCUUUGCAGGAGGCUCAUUUUAAUAUAAAUUGGAUGAAAAUAUAAUUUGUUAACCUUUUUCUUUUGCAACCUGUAUAGUUUAUACAUAAACUCUUGAGAUUACAUAUGCAUCAGAACUGAUUGUCCAAAAAACUAGAAAUAAUACUUUUGUCGUAUACUUAAUAUAUUAAACGCCACUGUAUUACUGAUCAAUGAAAUGACUGAUGAAAUUAUUGAAAUCACCAGGAUCCUGUCAAAUUAAGUCGAAGGAUGUACUUCAUAGCUUGAUGUUUAUCAAAAGUAUGGUUUUAACACAAAACCAUUAUCUCUGGAUGCGUAACAUCAAUGUUUACAUAAAUUCCUGCUGGUGGAAAAGAUGAAUUAUAUAUCGAAGCGAAAAAUACAUAUACUAAUCUCACAUAAAUUUAAUCAGUUGGAUGUUAAUUACGUUAAAUCUCCAUUUUAUGUUCCACAACGAAUUUUAUGGAUAGCUGGGUCAUGUAGCGCUAAGUUCUCGUCUUUCAAAAAAUAACCUAUUUUAUCUGAAUAAAUACUGGGAAAUGUCACGCUACGUGACACACUGAACACUUCUAAUAUCCUGGAGACGGCAAGUUUAUUAUCGGUGGUAAAUAAAAAUUAACUUUUAAGUAUAUUAUACAAAUUCCAAACAAUUAAAUUUAUUUACGAGAAAAUAUAUUGUCUACCCUCACCAAAUUUUGAAAUAUGCUCGUAAGUAACUCGUUAGCCGGACAGGAUAUUAACUCACACAUUUCUAGAUAUAAAACAAACCUUGGUAAAUUUUGCAACCACAGAAUCCGUUGUAUAGUUCUUUUCUGAUUACAAUCUACAGUUAGAAAUAGAGGCAUUGUAGAUUUCCCUACUGAAAAAUAGGAUAUCGUCAAUAGUUUCACAAAAAUGCAUAUGUUUUGAUUUAGAUGUAUUUUUCUUGUUCUUCCGUUUAGAGUUGCUUUGUUCUAUACAUUGUUGUUUUGUUUCUUUAUACUUGCUAAUAUAUAGAACUUGUAACCUUGUGUGAUUUUCUUAUUCUAAAAAUGAAUCGUGUAGUUUAUUCUUGUUGAUAUAAUUAGUAUUCAUACUUGAAACAGCUGUGCAAAAAUUCUUUAUUCAUACUAUGUCCUGUAAUUUGAUUGAUAAACCAUUUCAUAAUCUCAAUGUCACUAGUAUAUAACUGCUAAUGUGAACAAAAAAGCUGAAUUCGAAUAUUUUCAUGUUUAAUACAUUUCUUUGUUGUUUUUUUUCAGUGGUUUCUCUUUGAUACAAAAUGAAAAUAGAACCC